AUGACAAUGAUUCGUCCGCUUGUAGAAAGUCAUCUUUCACAAAUUCACCUACUGUCUGUUAUUCUACACUUUUCAGGUGAAGUGAAGAAGAAAAUAUCGACGUAUGCAGAAGCCUACGGUUCAUCGAAAUUGAAAGAAUAUGAUGUGAUGGCUGCUUUGAAUGCUUCGGAUACAAAAGUGAAAUUGGAAGAAUUUGAAUUAGCACGUCGAAGAAUGGAACACGAAUUUCAGACGAGAUGGGCUAUUUUCUAUCUUGAUGGUAUGUUAGGUUAA